AGUGUACGUGCGUCACGCUUUGGUUCGUGUUGUGUGAUAUCGUGUUAUUUUUCCUUGACGGAAUAAUUUUUGAAUUAUUUUAGUGAUCCGAGUGCAAUUUACCAUGUGAUACAAUUAGUUUAAUGAAUCUGAAACGUAAUUGAUUUUAUAAUUAGAUAAGCCUUCAGAUAAUCGGCAGUUACUAUUGACUUGAAGAAAGAUGUCGCUCUGGGCAAAGGCUCAGCAACUCCCGCCGGACUGCCUACAAAAGGUCCGGUCAAUCUACAUGGAAAACUUCCCCAUAGAAGUGAGACACUGUCUCGCCCCCUGGAUCGAGAACCGUAUAUGGACGACAGAGGCGGACGAGCAGCAAUUCAACUUUGUGGAGGAGUUAGUACACGAGAUCAACGAACACGCGGCUCUGCUACACACGCCAGAGAUGUUCGUCACAAAGAUGAAACUCAUCGAGGCCGCUAAGGCCAUCCACAUCCAAUACGGGCACGCGCCGCACGAGUUAUACAAUUAUCUGCGCAGCUGUCUUAUGGUCGAACUGGAUGUCAUACAGAAGGCCAUGGGCAGCCAGUAUACGGCGCCGCCGCAGACCGAACGAAAGUAUAGCGAGCUGAUCGGCGGGCUACGUACAGUCCAACAGAAGGUGAACCAAGUCUCGACCAAGAUCCGAGAGCUUGAGGCCAACAUGGAGUCCUUCAGCCUGGAGUACCACGAGUGUGUCAAGAAGAAGGGUCAUCGCAGCUACUUAAUGCAGCAAUCGCCCCCCACCCCCGACCGCCGCGAUUUCGAAGCCCAUCUAACGAUGCAAAUAGAGGAGCAAGAGAGAAAGCUGAACGCCCGUCUCACUCACAUCAACAGCUCCCAACUCGCAUUGGUCGAUUAUAUGAAGGAGAACAUUACUACGCUGGCCCAACUACAAAGCCAAGUCUUGGACGGAGAGUUGAUUAAAUGGAAACGUGAACAGCAGCUGUCGGGGAACGGCGUCCAAAUGCAGACGAACCUGAACGCUAUCCAGGAGUGGUGCGAGCUGCUGGCGGACCUCAUCUGGACCACGCGGCAGCAGGUCAACAACGUCUCCAGGAUCAUCACCAAGACUGUGGCUGAGGCGCGACAGCCGCAUCUGCCCGAGAUGCUGGAGGAGUGCAGCAAGCAGGUGACCUCUCUCCUCUCGACCCUCGUGACCUCCACCUUCGUGAUUGAGAAGCAGCCACCUCAAGUUAUGAAGACCAACACUAGAUUCACUGCCACAGUUCGUCUGCUGGUCGGUGGACAACUGAAUGUCUACAUGACUCCGCCGAGAGUCAGCGUCGUGAUAAUAUCUGAGCAACAAGCGCAACUACUCCUGAAGAGUGACACUCAGGGCGGGAAAACAAAACAGCCGGUAGAAUGUGGAGACAUCCUCAACAACACUGGUGUUAUGGAGUACCAGGCCACCAGUCGCCAGCUCAGCGUCAGCUUCCGGAACAUGCAACUGCGCAAGAUCAAACGCGCCGAGAAGAAAGGCACCGAGAGUGUAAUGGACGAGAAACUGACGCUGCUUUUCCAGUCUCAGUUCAAUGUUGGCGGCGGAGAGUUGGUAUUUCAGGUGUGGACUCUAUCGCUACCUGUGGUGGUGAUCGUCCACGGCAACCAGGAGCCGCACGGCUGGGCGACGGUGACGUGGGACAACGCCUUCAGCCCCUCUGGCCGCGUGCCUUUCGCUGUGCCCGACAAGGUGACCUGGGGACAAUUGGCUGAGACGCUUCGCAUAAAGUUUUACUCCGCCACUUCGGGCGGCGAUUUGUCCGAUGACAAUCUGCGGUUCCUCGCUGAGAAGAUAUUCAGGACAAAUCUCCCACUAAAUGUGCCGGAACUAAACGCGAUGCCGGUCAGCUGGACACAGUUCUGCAAAGACGCGUUACCCGAGAGGAACUUCACCUUCUGGGAGUGGUUCUACCAGGUUGUGAAGGUGACGCGCGAGUACCUGCGCACGCUGUGGUGCGACCGUUUGAUAAUGGGCUUCAUCCAGAAGAAGCAAGCGGAAGAUAUGCUGUCCAAGUGUCCCCCGGGGACUUUCUUACUUCGCUUCUCUGAUUCAGAACUAGGUGGCAUCACCAUCGCUUGGGUUGAUGGCAGUGAGGUGUUCAGCCUCCAGCCGUUCACGGCCCGCGACCUCUCGCUGCGUUCCCUAGCUGACCGCGUGCUGGACCUGCCACAACUACAGUUCUUGUACCCCAACAUUGCCAAGGACGACGUAUUCUCCAAGUACUACACCAAACCUGCAGAAAACGAGAUGCUGAAGAACGGCUACGUGAAGCCGGUGCUGGUGACGACGCUGCCCAACUUCAUGUCGUCGCCCGCGUACGCCUCGCCCGACACGCACCGCGGCACGCCCAGCGUGCAGGGCAGCUACUACGGAUCAGCGACUCCUGCGUCGACGGAAGCCACAUUCAUGAACAAUGAUCUGUUCGACAUGCAUUCGUUCGACGCUGACGAUUUCGACUACCUCGCUAUGAGCGACAGCACUAUGCAGUGAAACGAUACAUCAAAGAAUUUUAACGUAAGAUACAUAUACAAAUCAGUCAAUUCAUAUAUUGUGGCAUAUGAUAUAUACAUACGUAAGAUGGUAGCUGAAACCGGGAUCUCUAUAUAUUAUAUAUUUUAAUGAAUUGAAUCUUAUAAGUUGACAGAAACAACAUUAUUAUUAUUAUUUUAACGAAAUGUAUUUAAUUUGUUGAUUGAUUCAAAAAUCUUACUGGCUUUCCGCUGCGUUACGCUAAUUCAUUUAUAUAGUAUUUAACCUUUCGUCUCACAUGUGAAAGAGAAAAA